CGCGUGGUCUAAGGACUGCCGCCAGAGUCCAUAAAACCAGUCGUUUUCAACCCCUUGCUUGUAACUAGCUCUACAACCAUGGGGAACGACAAAACUCAGCUCGAGGAUCGUUACAACCUGCCCACUCCGGAGCCAGAGUCACCUUCGAUCUCUCGUUCUCGCAAGCCGUACCGUUUCUCCACCUUAUGUACCACUGUCGAGAACCCGAACUCUGGCCACAAGGACCAACACGGGAGCUCCAGUGUUCCGAUCUAUCAGACGGCUACCUUCAAGGGUGUUGGCGGAGAGUAUGACUAUAGCAGGAGCGGAAACCCCACGAGGACCCACCUCGAGCACCACAUUGCGAAGAUAUCUUCUGCCAGCCAUGCCUUCGCCGUCUCCUCCGGGAUGGCCGCUCUGGAUGUCAUCACCCGUAUCCUGAAACCAGGCCAAGAAGUCAUCGCCGGAGAUGAUCUCUACGGUGGUACCAACCGUCUACUCACUUACAUCCGCACGCAUAUGGGAGUCACUGUCCAUCAUGUCGACACUACCGACGCGUCUACUAUCGUCCCAUACCUCAACCCUGGGAAGACUGCUAUGGUUUUGCUAGAGAGCCCCACCAACCCUCUGCUAAAGAUAGUAGACAUUGCCGCGAUUAGUGCCAUGGUUAAGGAAAAGUGCGAGGACGCUGUCAUAGUCGUGGAUAACACUAUGAUGAGCCCGUACCUGCAGCGUCCGCUUGAGCACGGUGCAGACAUCGUCUACGACAGCGCUACCAAAUAUCUUAGUGGACAUCACGACCUCAUGGCCGGUGUCAUCACCUGCAAUAGAGACGACCUAGCCAAGCAAGUGGCUUUCGCUAUCAAUGCAGUCGGCAAUGCUUUGACGCCUUUCGACUCGUUCCUCCUUCUCCGAGGCACGAAAACUCUUGCUAUUCGCAUGGACCGCCAGCAGUCUACUGCUAUGCUCGUCGCUCAGAUGCUACAGCAGCUUGGCUUCGUUACUCAUUACCCGGGGCUUCCCGGUCACCCAGGAAAGGAGAUCCAUGAGCGCAUCGCCGACGGGUAUGGUGCCGUACUCUCCUUUGAGACAGGUGACAAGGAACUCAGUGAGCGCAUCGUCGGCGCCACUCGCUUGUGGGGAAUCAGCGUCAGCUUUGGUGCUGUGAACAGCCUCAUCAGCAUGCCUUGCGUCAUGUCACACGCUUCUAUUGACCCUGCGACGCGUGCGGCACGCGGUCUGCCAGAGGACCUUAUUCGUCUUUGCGUCGGUAUUGAGGACCCGGCUGACCUCCUCGAUGACCUUCGCCAUGCGCUCCUCGAUGCAGGAGCGAUUUCCAUGACCGCGAACGACUUCAUGCGCAUCCCUGCCGCUGUAAACAGGGCUGUGGAGAAGCUUGCUCUUGGAGAACCUCUAAUUCAGAUGAAGAGGCGCCAAGAGGACCGCGAGUGGUUCUUCAGUGCUCCCGGAAAGGUCAUCCUCUUCGGCGAGCAUGCGGUUGUGCACGGAGUUACCGCUGUUGCUGCUUCAGUUGACCUACGCUGCUAUGGUCUGACUUCACCGCGUUACGAUAAUAGGAUCUCAGUCCGCUUUACCAAUAUCGAGGACUACCAUCACGAAUGGGAUCUUGACACUUUACCAUGGGAUGCGGUCUCUCCAGUGCCUCCAGGGGACACACAUCCGGAGAACCUGGAUCAGGGAUUGAUACAGGCGAUUAACGAGCGGGCCCUUCCGCCUACGCACAAGAUGCCGCUAAAAGCUCAUGCAGCCAUGGUUGCCUUCUUGUAUCUCUACAUGACUAUGACGCACGGCGGAGAAAGGCCUUCCUUCAACCUUACUAUUCGUUCCACCCUACCUGUGGGUGCCGGUCUGGGAUCGUCUGCGGCAUUCUCAGCGUGCGCCGCUGCAGCUAUUCUACUCCUUCACCAGCGCAUCGAAAUACCUCCAUUUCCACAAAGGAGUCGUUCGCCCUCCGACGACGACCCGGGUCAUGUUCACGUCCACCACGAGGGCAGACGUGCGAUUCCAUCCGCUACCUCCGAGGAGAUAAACCGGUGGGCGUUCGUCUCCGAGAAGGUGCUGCACGGCACCCCUAGCGGUAUUGACAAUACCGUCGCGGUCUUUGGAGGCGCUUUGGCGUACACGAAGCCUGGCUUCGGACGAAAGAGCGGCGUGGAGAAGAUCAACGGCUUCAAAUCGCUGAAAUUCCUGCUCACCGACUCCAAAGUCGGCCGAGAUACGAAGGCCCUAGUGGCAAAGGUUGCACAGAAGAAGCUCGAGGAGCCUCAUCUGGUUAACAGCAUGUUCGAGGCAAUUCAAAGCAUUUCCGACGAGGCGAGGCGCGCGUUGGGCGACCCUGAACUCUCUCGUCACCAGCUACUCAGUGCGCUUUCGGCUCUUAUCGAGGAGAAUCACAGCUAUCUGGUGUCUCUCGGCGUAUCUCACGACUCGCUCGAGCUCAUCCGGCUCAAGUGCGCUUCGGCGCCUUACAACCUGAGCACCAAGCUCACUGGCGCUGGCGGAGGCGGCUGCGCCGUCACUCUGGUCCCUGAUGAGUUCACGGCGUCUGAGCUGGAAGCCCUUGCCAAGGACCUGUCAGCCGCGAACUUCGACCCUUACUUCACCGCAGUAGGCGGCUCGGGCCUCGGAAUCCUGUCCCCAUACGAGCACGAGAGCUUCACAAAGCCUGCAGAGUCAGUGACGCCCUUGACGCCUCCUGAGACUCCUGCCGAGGGCCCCGCCCAGACACCCCUGCUUCGUGACGACUUCGCUGCUGUUAGCACGGAAGAGCUCUCCAAGUGGGCCGAGCAGCGUGGUCGCUGGCUGUUCGUGUAGAUGUUGUCGCCUAGUGUCAUACAUGUAUAAAAGAAUCGUUGCGGAUAUAUCACGGUGAUCUUGUAAUAUUAGAAAGGAGUGCUUGGACCAUUCUGUGCAAUGAUGAUACC